AUCCUCACCUGCCUCUCACAACUAUCUCAUCUCUAAUCACCUCUGCUCACCUACCCCAGCGAUGGAGUCAAACGGAGGAUCGGUCGUCGACGGCUUUAGUCUUGAUGGCCUCUACCAGCAAUUGAAGGAGGUGGACUCGAUGGACCAACGUGUGGCAGAGAUGAUUCGUACAACCUCGUGGCGGCAGUCGAGGCUUGUUAAAGAGCUCAAGAGACCAGGCCACGAAGGCUACGACUCUUGGCCUUCCCAGGACGACCUAGAAGAGCAGCUUGAGAUGUUGUCUUCUUUGAAGUGUCAUCUGGGAGACUUCUCACUCUCACUACGGAAGACUGCCAACAUACUCUCUCGACCAAAACUCAGGCCACUAACUAUCCUGGAUAUGCCUGACGAGAUACUUAUCGAUAUAUUCGGCUAUGUGAAAGGCCGGGAGCCCCCUGACCGUCUCCUGGACAGCAGUCCCAUGGGUCAAUGCGAGGUCAAGAACCUUCGGCUAACGUGUCGGCGAUUCUGUAACCUCAGCUCUCACCUCCUUAUUCGCCUGGUCCGUGUUGAAUUGAACUCAUCAUCUCUUUUGCGCCUUGAGGAGAUAUCUCGCCACCCGAUCAUCAGGAAAGGCGUGCGAGGUGUUCGAGUCCUCCUACAUUUUUAUGACUCCGGGUUGGCCAAUGAUAUCUGGACUUUCGCUGAUCACAAUGCGGGACAGUUGCGCGAGGAAACUGAAUUGAUAGAGAGAAGUGCACCUUCGACGUUACUGAACUCUUCUAAGGAGAUGAUUCUGGAGGCAGCUAAGAAAGUAAGGCCAAUCCUGGAGUCAUGGGAAGGUUUCGUUAGAGGCACGCCCGACGACCCUGCCUGCGAGAAUGAUUUGAGAUAUCGAAUGCUGCUACGAAGAGCUCACGAGGAGUACCGACGGCGCUUCGCAGACCAGGAGAGACUGAGGGAGGACGGGUCCUUCAUUCGAGCCGUUGCUGCCGCAAUUGCUAGAAUGCCUACCGCAAAAAGACUAGAACUGCGUGAUGAAGAUUUUAAUAGUACGAUGCGAAGAGCAGGUUACUUUGCCCAAGCAGACGACAAUGAAGUCCUUGUCCAAGACAUGCUAUUACCGAUUACGUGGGAGGAAGCGAGACUACACGGAUUAGGACAGCCACCCGCGGAAGUGCUUGUCAAAUUACCAGGGGCUAUUCACAAAGCCGGGGCCUUGCUUACUGGUCUCGACAUCGAGGUAUCGCCUCCAGAGGAUUACGCUGUUCCGGCACCAAGCGAAGAGGAUUGCCAUGAUCUCACGGCCGCAGUGCAAAAGCUAAAGACCUUCAACUUCCGCACCCGAUGUUUAAAGGGGCCAAGUUUCUGGCCUGCUCGGGAGCCAGCCGAAGUGGAGGAUCUAGGUAGAUUCUUAACCGCGCUCCUAGACACAGAGAGUAUGGAAGACGUGAGACUCAGCUUUAACUCUCUCUGGGACAGCGAGAGCCCACCUUUGUUUAGCCUAGGUUAUACUAUUACUCUACGGACGUGGCAGAACUUACGUUUUCUUUCCUUGGACGCAGUUCCUAUCCAUCUAGCAGAGCUGGAGCGACUCAUCAACCAACUAGAUAGGCCGAAAAUCGUGAGAAUUGAUGGUAUGCAUCUACUAAGCGGUUCCUGGGCUGAGGGCCUUGAUAUCUUACGGAGGAAGUUCACGAAUUACUCGUCGUUCAACAAUCCAUCGGGUGCCGAGUGCGAAGUGUUGUCAGAUGAGGAGAAAGAAGCAAUCUUUGCUAGGCCGCCGACAGAUCGUUGGGCUACUACCCGGGCAGAGCGUUAUUUGCUGGGAUAUAUAGACCAGAAUCCUUUCAGGGACAGAACCUUGAGUAAUGCGGAGUAGAAGGAAAGAAAGGUCGGCCUCGAAGAACCAAUUAUAUUAGACUAUAUGUAUGUAAUUAUCAUCUUGUUCACGAGCUAUGUGGAACAAUUAGGUCCCUUUCAAAAUCCUCGACUGAUAUAUGUCCUUCCAAUACGCCACUGCAACCCCACGCAAUAUUGUAAGGCUGGAUUAUCAGUCGUGGAGCGGCGUCAUAAUUUCAUAAAGCAAUACUAAGUCUUAGUGAUUUCGUUAACGAG